AUGGACCGCAACGUAUGUAAACUACUUGUUUCAUUUAGCCCGAGAGCCGAGUUCCACGAGUUAUUACGGAUGUGGCGUUUCGUCCAAUAUUUCCUCACUAUGCACGGCCGCGUUAAAGUGAAGACGACUGCCGAAAAAGACGCAGAACGUAAGCGCGCUAAAGCUGCUAAAGUGGAGAGACUCAAGAUCGUCGGAAGUGAAGUCAGCCUUCGGUUUCCAAUCGGCCAAUAUGAAGACUCGUUUAUGCAGCUCACCAGUGAGCUUCUGAUGGAAAAUCCUGAUCACGUUACUAUUUGGAAUAUGAGACGGAAAGCUGUUCUUCACCUGUUACCUUUAAAUCCCGACGACGUUUCGGAUAUAUGGAGAAAGGAAUCGAAGUUAUCCGAAGACUGCAUCAUGCGUCAGCCCAAAUCCUAUAGUGCUUGGUACCACCGAUAUUGGAUUGCGGAAAAUAACCCGAACUUCGACUGGAAAAACGAAUUGCGUCUAACUGAGAAAGCUUUGGAAUUGGAUGAACGUAAUUUCCAUUGUUGGGACUACAGACGCUUUCUCGUGAAAUCAGGAAAACUUUCCCUGGAGGCCGAGAUCGCCUUCACUGACCGAUUGAUCAAUAAGAAUUUUUCGAAUGGUUCCUCUUGGCAUCAGCGGUCUCGUUUACUGCCCGUGGUAUUUCCUGGUCCGCAUGGAAUUUCGAUUGAUGUGCUAUCUCGGGAAAUGGAGCUUGUUGAGAACGCCGCAUUCACGGAUCCAGAUGAUCAGACUGCUUGGCUAUAUUUACACUGGCUUCUUGAAUUAGCUGGAUGUCAAAACGAAAACUGUCUUGAAGCCGUUGCUUGCUGGGAAGCGAGCGUGAUACUGUUUUUUAAACACCCAGUUUCGAAAAAGAGUUCCUUUUUCCAAGAUCUAGUUGAGAAACUGAAACUUGACGUGGAUUCCUCAGAGCCGUUUUCAUCUGGCCAGUGUAGAAUAUGGAAGACCCAUUCUGAAGCUUUCAAUUCGAUUGAUUCUUUACACCAAACUUUCGAAGAAACAGUGAGAGCCAAACGGAUCCUCUCUGAUGGGAAUGGAUUGCUAUUGCUUAAGCCAGAAUUAGGUGUGCCUUGUGAAAUCCUGGAGAAGAUCCUGAAAUCGAGUGAGCAGCUGGUUGAAUUGGAGCCAGAGAGCAAAUGGGCUAAUCUUAUGUCGGGGUAUCUGCGCGAAGUCACCUCAUGUGAUAUCAAGAAAUUCUCGAACCGUUGGGAUUCAUUACCAAGCCUCGACAAACAACGUGUCGGCUACUACAUGGAUAUGCGGUCCAAGCUUUUACUGAAAGCGAAUCAAUUGUCUUCAUCGCUCAAGUUGUGCUCGUUCCGUAUCUCCUCUUUUCACAUGCUUCCGAAUUUCCUGUUUAUUGAAGAAGUGGAUUUAUCGAACAAUGAUAUUGUCGAUACCAAACCCUUCGCAAUCCUUCUCUCAGUCCGCAAGAUGAACUUGAAUUGCAAUCGAAUUUCUGUUUGUGAUGGCUUCCGGAAAUUGCACAAUCUUCGUAGCUUAAACUUGACAGAAAACAAAGUACGCGAUUUUAGUGAACUGGAAAUCCUUUCCAAGCUUCCUGUCAUCGAGGAGCUGAUCGUGAAAGGCAAUCCUGUUGAAAUGACUGAAGACAUGGCUAGUGCUGUGGCUGGAGGUGAGCAGGUUGCCCUUCCAUUUUCUUUCCGUCUUCCGCCAGACUUUUUUGAGUUUGUGAAGGUGACGAAAGAACCUGCCUGGAACAGGAAAUCGAAAAUUGCUGCGAAUGAAGAGUUAUCUGAGGAACCCAACCAGCAAUCGUCAGGAGGUGAAGCUUCUGCCACUCCUCUGGGGGAACAGAAGGACCGUUUUAUUUUCCAAUGCCUAAAAUGCCCUGCAAAUGCAUCUCUUCUUCGCUGUGACAAUAGUUCAAGAUGGGCAAUGACCAAUCAUAUUGAGAGAAUUCAUCCAUCCAUGUACAACGAGUACAAGGUAAAGCUGAACAAACUCAAAGGCCGUCCACAAUCCCAGCAUGGGACUUCGUCAGAGGGAGCUGCGAUGAAGGACUAUUUGAAUACCGGAAGGAUCAUCAAUCCAAAUCCCGUUUCCCAGCAGAAGAAGUUUAGUGACGCUACCCUGAAUUACAUCAUUGGAGCAGUGGUCCCUCUGUCAAGUCAGCAAACUCAAGCAAUGCUUAACCUUGUCCAAGGUCUGAAUCCCAUGGCUGCAACAAAAAUGCCCAACAGAGAGUGCCUCAUUGAUAUGCUCAUGGAAAAGUUCUCCAAUGAAAAGAAGAACCUGCAACAAGAACUGGCAAGUGUCCAGCACAUAUCUAUGACAGCAGAUCUAUGGACAACGUUUGGAAGAACCUAUAUUUGCAUAACUGCUCAUUGGUUUGAUCAGAACCUUCUGCGUCAUGCAGCUGUUCUUGCAGUUCAACCAGUUCAUCGAAGAUAUACCAUCGAUGUGAUAGCGAAAGUUUUCCACGAAGUGCUGACGGAAUACAGCAUCCAGACGAAAGUCACGAAGUGUGUUGUAGACAAUGGCUCACAUUUCAUCAGAAAUUUCAAAAUUUGUGAGCCCGCGAAGUCAGAUGACUGUGACACUUUCUCGGGUCAUGAUGGAAACCUUUCCCAAUCUGUUACUUCUUCGCAUGCUGGGUUGGGAACCUCAUCAACAAAUCCUUGGAGACCAACCCCUGCCCAAAGGGGAGAUUUUAUGGAAUAUGAGAAUGGAAAAUGGUGUGGUGGAGAUUUUAGUAAGGCUGAGCCUAAGGAGGAAACCAUCAAUAAUCUCGAUGGUCUUGAUGUUGAAGUGUUCCAAGCUGAAAAGAUGGAUGAACUGCCAGAUUCCUCUAUGUCUGACUGUGAUGAAGCAGAGGGUGUUCAACUAUUUCAAGUUCAUAAGUUGGAAACAAUUAUGAAUGCUCCCGCUUUUGAGAGUAUUGAUGAUGAAACUUCCCAGCUCCUUAUGACGUUGCCAGAAUACAUCAGGUGUGCUUCCUACACGCUGAACCUGGUGGCUUGUGAUGUUGAUGACUUCAUCAUGAACCACCCUGUGUUGGGGUUGAUAGCACAUCAGGAAUUCUCUGCUGUCAUGGACCCAUUGGCCAUCAGCCUUACUGAGCUUCAAGGAGAAUUUCAUGGUGGCGAAAUAAAUAAUGCUAUUGGCCUUGGCUCUCUUCUUCCCACUCUGAAAAUGAUGGAGUUCGCCAUUAGUGAAAUCCAAAUGAAGUCUGGCGGGCUGAUGCUGUGCGAUGCAGUUGCAGUAAAAUUGCUGACAAGUCUGAGACAUAAUUUUAAUAAGUUCUAUGAAAAUGAGGAGUGCAUUGCUGCAGCACUCUGCCACCCUCACUUCAAAGACGAUUGGAUGAAUCCUUUUCAAAGGGGCGCCAAGCAAGAGAAAUCAAAGAUGAUUUUGGAGCAGUUCAUCAAGAAAUGCCUCUCACCACACCUUGAACCAUCUGCGCCUAAUGGACCUCGUCAAAAUGAAGAUACCACUGGCAUUGCUCCUUGCAGAUCAAGGCUGUGGUCGAAGCGUUUUCGGGAUCAAGCUCCUGUGCAGCAAACGGACUCUGAUCCUUGGUCACGAUUGGUUGAAGCAGAAAUCUGUGGUUUCCUGAGUGAUGGAGAUCGUUCCACUGAUCACCUAAACAAUUAUCCAACCAUCAAAAAGUUGUUCAUUUCGCUGAACACUGCACUGCCAGCGUCUGCUGGUGUUGAAAAGAUCUUCUGUCUCGAACCGCAAUGGCUUACUCCACAUUGCAUAAUCGAUUGUGAUGAGCAUUUUGAAGCAUGUGUCCUUCUGAGGGCAAAUGAGAAAUUCAGGAGCAAAUUUGAUGUGCAGAAAAGUUUGAACGCUGGCAAAAACUAGACGACAAGACGUUGAAGCUGUACAUAGAAGAUCUGAUAAAGUGGUUUAUGCCCUUGAGACAAGAGAAA